GCAAAAGGGACCUCCUCCGAGUCCUCGCCGUACGAGCCUGUGAGAGAGAGGAGGCACCUUCUCCUGACGCAUGCACUCUCCGCCUUGGUCUUUGUUCUUCUCGCAGGUGCCUUCCAUCGGUCCAUCCCAUCAUGGCCCCGAAGAACAAGGGUGAGUCUCAGGGGAAGCGCAGCUCCCCGCUGCCAGGCCACGCCGAUGAGGCGCCCGACGAGGGAGACGCCGGAGACGACUAUGACAACAUGCCCGUACGCACACUGACGCAGCCUGCCUGCUCAAUGAAUGAGGGUGUGUGUGUGAUCGAUGGCGCAUGAUACAUGCAGGUGAUAGUGAAGGUAAAGCCUCAGGAUCAGCUGGAACUGACGCCGGAGGAGCUGGACAAGGAGAUGCCGCCACGGGUGCUGUACCCGCAGAACCCCCGUGCGCCACAGAACAUCACUCAGUUCUCGUUCAAGGACCGGCAGUUCAAGCGGGACGACCAAGUCGACCAGAGCGUCUUCCACUUCUCACUUGAAGAGUCAGCUUUAAAGCCGUCCACACAUCUGCAGACACACUGAGUCAGGGCCCCUUCCUUGUCUGUUUGUGUGAAUGUGUGCAGGCGCAUUUUCUUCAAGGACAGUCCGGAGGCAGCUGAUCAGGAGGAGAUGCAGCGCAUCAAGGAGGAGGAGAGAAAGAAACGCGAGGAGGCCGAGGCCGUCGAUGUGGAGAUCGAGCAGGACCCCGACCAGCGUCGGCAGCAGAAGAGACAACACAAGUCUCCCUUGCUCAUAUGCUGCUGCCUGUCUAUGUGUGUCGUCUUGGUUCAGCUCUCGACGAGUCUCAGCAGGUGUUGCUCCGCAAUCAGUUCAACUUUUCAGACCGGGCAUCGCAGUCAUUCAACGCACUCCUGAGGUGAACACACGCUGCGGACAGAGACAGUCACACAUACCUGGCUGUACAUGUGUGUGCGUGUGCGUGCGUAUGUGUGUGCGUAUGGUGUGCAGGGAGCGUGGCGUAUCGACGGAGCCCCCACCCUCCACCGACUUCUCGGGCACCGGUAGGUAGCCCUCUCAUGCGAUGCGGGACUGUCUCCUUUGUCUCAUUCAUUUGUGGGUGCUCUUUCUUUCUGCUUGCCUACCUUCUCGUUUACUUGCACCUGACCUGCAGUGACCCAGUGGCUGAUAUACGACACGUACAUGGAGGACAUCCAGGCACAGCAGGCCAGAGAGGCCAAGGAGAAGGAGAGAGGGGUGAGUGGAGUGAGGGUUGGGGGGAGGGGAGACAACAAGAGGAGGGAGCUCAUGUGACUGCAUUGAUUGCACCUCUGGUGUGUUGACAUGUCUCUAUGACAGUCGCACAAGGCCGCCGAGGAGGAGCCCAAGAAGAAAAAGAAGGAGUCGGAGCUCUACUCGGACAGAAUGAAAUACUUCAUCAAGGUAGGUAGGUAGCACGCUCUCGACGUCUAGCUGUGUGGUGGGUGGGUAGGUACAUGAUGCAUCCGCAUCCAUCCAUCCAGCCAUCCAGCCUGUGUCCAUCCAUCCAUCCAGCCGUGUGUCCAUGUCUGUCUGCAUAUAGAUAACGGAGCGUUUGGUGAAUCAGAACAGCGACAAUGAGAUCUACCACGACUUCAAAUACUAUGAAGACAGAUCGGACGAGUACCGAGACGGAGACGGUGAGGAAUGAAUCGAUCCAACGCACGUGUGACACGUGAACAUAUAUAUGGCUCUGUCAGCUACCGCCUCCCUCUCGUCCUCUCCUCUCUGCCCGCUUUUGUGUGUUGUGUGUCGGUCAGGCACGUUGUUGCCUCUGUGGCGCUUUGCGAGUGAGAAGUCAAAGCGGAAGCAGGUGACCGCCAUCAAGUGGAACCCGCAGUACAAGGACUUCUUUGCUGUCGGAUUCGGUCAGCAACUCGGCCCUCAUAUUUGUCAGGGCUUCAUGUCAUGCAUCACGUGUGUCUGUCUGUCUCUUGAUCUAUAUGUGUGUCUUUGUUUGCAGGUAGUUAUGACUUUCUGAAGCAGGGGACGGGUGUGAUAUGCUGCUACACACUCAAGAACACACGACACCCCGAGUACUCAUUCAACACCGACUCGGUCGGCCAGGGAGGGGCUCACCUCACACAGGCCAGCCAAAAGGGCACAACGCCAGCUGAGUAUACAUACGUGUGUCUCUCUCUCCCUCUCCUCGAUCGGUCGAUCAGGGUGUGUGUUGUCUGGACUGGCAUCCGCAGUUUCCAUCGCUCCUUGCCGUCGGCCUCUACGACGGAACGGUCAGUCACCACACCACACAUACAAACCACACCCACACACCGAUUUCAAUGUGUGACUUGGUACCUCCUGCCUGCCUGCCUGCCUGCCUGCCGUCUGUGUCUGUGUGUAGGUCCUGGUGUUUGACGUGCGUGGCAAGAACCGCAAGCCGCUUUACCAGUCGACCAUCCGAUCAAACAAACACACAGACCCCGUCUGGGAAGGUACCGUACGUAGCGUAGCAUACCUAGGACGUCACGUCACAGUGUCUCUCUUUCUUGCGCAUCCAUCGAUCGAUUCCUUCCUUACUUGAUGCAGUCCGUUGGCACGAUGACGAGGCAUCGAGCAAUCUGUGUUUCUACUCGAUUUCAUCCGAUGGCCGCGUCACUUCAUGGGCACUCAUGAAGAACAAACUCGAACCCGAAGAGGUCACCCACCUACUCAUCGCAUCGCAUCGCAUCGCAUCGCAUCGCACACACAUGCCAGGCACGGCACGCACCCUCUGUGUGUCGUGUGGGUAUUUUUGCGUUUAGGUGAUGGAGCUGAAGCUGGUGGGCAACGCGGGCGGCAAGGGCGGGCAGGAGGACGACACGGCGCUCUCUGGUCUGGGCGGCGGCACCUGUUUCGACUUCAACAAGUUCUCGUCACACCUCUUUCUGGUCGGCACCGAGGAAGGCAAGAUCCAUAAGUGCUCCAAGGCCUACAGCGGACAAUAUCUCGAGACCUAUGAGGGUCCACCUUUCCUCCAUCCAUCCAUCCAUCCAUGUGUGUGUGUGUGUGUGUGUGAGUGUGUGGGCAGGUCAUAGCAUGGCAGUGUAUGUGGUCAAGUGGAACACAUACCAUCAGCGGAUCUUCCUGUCGGCGAGUGCUGACUGGACAGUCAAGCUGUGGGACCACACACAGAAGACGCCCAUCAUGACGUUCGACCUCGCACAGGCAUGCAACCACACACACACGCACGCACGCACGCACAGACAGACAGACACACAGACAAUAUUGAACCCGCACGCGCUCGUGUGCACGGCUGUGUGUGCAUCCAUCGCUCAUCCUGCAGGCUGUGGGAGACGCUGCGUGGGCGCCCUACGCCUCCACCGUCUUUGCGGCCACCACUGCCGACGGAGUGGUUAGUCAGUCAGUCAGUCAAUCGGCCAGCAAACCAGCCAAGAGCAAGAAGAGCCAGACGUGAGAGCACUUCAUUCAUGUCUCUCCGUCCGUCUGUUUGUCUGUCUGUAGGUGCAUGUCUACGACCUGCACGUCAACAGACACGACAGAAUCUGUGACCAGAAGGUCAGCCAGCCAGCCAGCCAGCCGACAAUAGAGAGAAACGGGCUGGGCUGCACUCUGUGCUUGUGCAGGUGGUGAAGCGCGCCAAGUUGACGCAUCUGUGUUUCAAUGACGUGCACCCGAUUGUGCUGGUGGGGGACGACCGCGGCGGCAUCAACUGCCUCAAACUCUCACCAAACCUCAGAAAAAUGCCAGUCAGUAAAUCAAUCAGACACAGAGACAUCAGACAUCAGACUGCUUUGGGAGAGGGUGGAUGCUUCUAUGUGUGUGUAUGUUUGUGUGUUUAGGUUCCGAGUGACGCAGAUAAGGAUAAGAGCUUUGAGGAGCUGCAGGUCGACAAGAUGAACCACCUGCUUAUGAUGGUACAUACGCAGUAGGCUGGGGGGAUGUCUCUCUCUCUCUUAUUGUCGUCGUUGGUGUGCAUGCCAUGCCAUGCCAUGCCAUGCAGGUGUCGGAGACUGUGGAGGGCCGCAGCGAGUGAUCAAUCAUGGUCAUUGUGCAUGUGAUGUGUGGACGCACUGGAUAAUGGGUUGCUGGACGGACGGUGGACGGAUGUGUGUUGGUUCGACACACACGCACUGCCGCUGUGUCGAUCGCUCGUGCUGCCUGCCUGCCUGCCUGCCUGCAUUUGGGUGAUAUACAUCCAUCCUUGCGCCCCUUCCUUAACAGUUCAUCCGUCGCCAUACACAAGUAAGUCUACAUAGAGUUCAGCAACGCAAAACUCUGUCUGUCUGGUUGUUUUGGUAGCUAGAUGUACACACAAACUUUCUCUGCCUAUCAACAUGCAUGUCGCC